ACUUUCGGAGUUUGUGAGAGAGUUGAAAGAAAGAAGAAAGAGACGUAACUGAAGCUAGCUCGCAGGCUAGCUGAAUGUACUGCCGUGUCGCAGAUGUGUCGAAAGCCACGGGAAAGGGCGGAAUGUGGGGGGUUGUAUAUAUAAAACUGGGCAUGGGGUUGUUUGUAAGUAACGCGGUUAUUGGAACAGUCGGUUCGGUGUCAGUGGAGGCAGCGUUGACCGAGAACCGGCUGCUUUGUGUUGGAUUGAACAACCAGAGCUACUUCUGUGAUUCAGGCUACUGCUGUGGAGAAUCUCAGUGUUGCAGCUAUUACUACGAGGUGUGGUGGUUUUGGUUGGUCCUGACGCUCAUUAUCAUUCUGGGCUGCUGCUGUGUGUGUCACCACCGCCGAGCCAAACACAGACUACAGCAACAGCAGCGGCAGCACGAGAUCAAUCUCAUCGCUUACAGAGAAGCCCAUAACUACUCCUCUCUACCCUUCUACUUCAGGUUCCUGUCUGGCUACCUCUUACCCGCAUACGAGGAAGUCGAAAACAGACCUCCGACACCCCCGCCUCCAUACAGUGCCUCUCAGCCAGCCCAGUCCACCAGCUCGGAGCCCCUGUGCUCUGAACAGCCAGAUGAGCACUGUCCUCCAUUGCAGUGCAGCCCCACUGCCCCGCCUGCAUCUGAGAACUGUUCCCCGGGACCCUGUGUAGAGCAGCCACAUUCUCCCACCGCACACCGCCCUGACAGAGAUGUCCACAAACCACAGUACCUCAGCCUAGAGGACAGGCAGCUCCAACAGGUGGCAUGCGCUACCUCACACAGCCCAGUCAAACAGGGCAGCUCCAGCGAGGACCUGACCGAACCCGUAGAAGACUGUUCUCCCGAAACCCAAGACAAGACUCCAGGGCGCCACCGGCGCUUUACGGGCGACUCUGGGAUUGAGGUAUGCGUGUGCAGCCAGGGGAAAGACGGAGAGGAAGAGGAGGAGAUGAAAGAUCUUGUGGGGCAUAUGGAUGGAGGGGAGCUUGAGGAGCAGGACUUCUGUGAUAGCUGCAACCCCCGCGGCAACAGCCCUCCUCUGGGUCCCGGGGAUGAGGAGCAGGGCCUCGCUGCCUCAGACAUGCCUCUGGAGCACAGAGAGCCUCAGCGGCCUCCAGUCUGCCUCCAUCUGCACACUAUCAACGAACAGGACGGUCCACAUCCCGGCAACAACACGGACUCCCAGAGUUGAGCACAACCAGCAGAGACUUACUUUAGACUGCUGUCUCCCUUUACUUUCUUAAGAUACAUCAGUUUGUACUGUCAGCUAUGUCACUUUGGGUGUACUUCUCGUGUGUGUGUAUGCAUGUGAGAGAGUUUUAAAAGGGCGUUAAUGUGUGAGUCCUCACGGUUUAAUGGAUUAAUAGGGUGAGCUAUUAAAGACGUUAAUAGGUCUGUUGCCUCACAGAGAGGUCGCGAUCAAAACCACAGGGGAAAUUCUCCCGCCUUAUCGAGCUUUGGGUGUCAUCCCUGUAGAUUUAAGGCUUUUUGUCAGUUUUUUGGGGGCUGAUUGCCUCCUGAGAUGAAGCUCUGGGGAUAUUGAUUUGUGCUGGUUUUUGCUCCUGAAUUCGUACUUAUAUUUUUUUAAAUACUUUAAGGGAUGGUUUACCCUAAAAUGAAAGUUCUGUCAUUAGUUACCUUCAUCUUUGAAACAAAUGAAGAUAUUUUUAAUGAAGCCUAAGAGAUUUCGCCAAUAACCAUUCCACCAAAACCGUGUCGCUUUAAAAAGUUAAUACAAUUAUAUUUCCUUUAGCACGUACAUGGAGCACAUCAAAUAUGGUAAACGGAAGCUAAAACGUACUUGCUUGGUAUGUGACAACCAAUCAAGCUUCAGCAAGAACCAAUGAGGUUUCUUAUGUGUCAAGCAAGUACACUUGAACUUCUGUUACUGUAUGUUUGUUGAUCAAUGUUUAUAAGAGAAUAAAAGCCUAAAUUAGAUAUGUUAAUCAUUUUAAAUGGUGUCUCUUCAGAAGACUUGGAUUAAACCGCUUGAUUCAUAUGGAUUUAUUUUAAUAUCUUUUUAUGAUCCUAAAAAUGGAGGUGGAAUUUCAGUGGAGGGACUUACAUUUUUUAGAUUUCAUUAAUCUUAAUUUGUUUAUAUUGUACACUUAAAAGAUUAUUUUGUGCACAAAAAAUGGAAAAGACAGUCACUGAGCAGUCUGCUAACACUUUAGAGCUUUAAUAUUCAGUUGUUGUUUUUUUUUGUCUUUAUUACGUGUCCUUAAAAAAAAGUUUUUAUCUGGAGUAUCUGCAUGAUGCUAUUCAGAAAAAUGAAGGAAAAUAAUUAUUAUAAUAUUAUUAUUAUUAUAUUAAUAAUAAUUCAGGGUAUGGUUGCCAUUUUGUUUCAUCAUUGUACAUGGUCUUGGGCUCUAUCCAAUAUGUUGCAUGAUUAUUUGCAGAAACUCAGUAGAUCCUCAAACAAAAACUGACUUCAUCCACAUACUAUAUAGUAAUACAUUUUUAAGUUACAUCAUUACAUCAUACAUCAUUAUGCAAAGACUCUUCAAAUGAAGGCUGAAAAUACCUUUGUAUAUAGAUUGAACCCAGCUUGUACAUUUACAAUAGGUGCCUUUGUUGAUUCAAGUAGUUUUCAUAUGCCUUAAAGAGAACCGUAUGUGUGUGUAAUAGAAUUUCUGCAGAAAACUAUUAAGGGCCAGUAUGAUAUGAUGGAAACUUCUUGUUUGAAAAGGAUCACUUGAUUAGCCUUCCAUAGAUAUGUUUGUUGUUUGCCUUAAUUUCUUUUUUCUGUACUCUCCCAUAGUACUUUACAAUUAUUUUUGUAUCCUAACACUGUAAGGGAACUCUUGCACCACUAACAGUAACUUAUGUAUAGGCCUUAUUACAUAAAAUAAUCUUUUAACGUGCGUUUUAUUGUAGCAGAUCAGGUAAGGUUACUGUCAUGCUAGUGUAGCACUUAUGUCGGGUUCAUGAUGAGAUUAGGAUUUGUUUUUCUGUGGUGGUGAGACUGUCCAAAGCUGCUCCACUGCAUUCUCUAGACUGCGUGUGUGUGUUGAGAGAGUGUGUCAUUGUGGAUUCCUUUAAGUGGAUCGUUCUUCAGGCCAAUGUGUUUGUUUGACCUUUUGGUUUGGAUUAGCAGUUAGGUGUCCUUUAAUAGAGUCUUAGCUUGAGCACAGAUGGCUUUUCGACCCUGUUGAUCUCCAGAUCAGAGUGUUCCUGUGUAAAUGGUGGCUAAUUUUCUUUAAAACGUGACGUAACUGAUAAAUUAGGUUCCUAAUUUGUUAGCUGGAAAAACUGGUUUUGGGAGGCAGAUUCCAACACAGACAUGAUGCCUUCAAAAACAUGCAUGUACCAGUAAUCCAAAUAUUGAGUGUUCUCAACUAUUUAGACCAGUUAUAUCAUCAUAGUUAAAGCAUUUAUCAAAAUAUUUGACCGAUUAUGGGAAAUCUUAAGGUUAUGAAGUCAGUUCAGUAAGGAUUUCAAGUCAUCUGUUGCGGCGACGAUGCUCGUCGUUCUUUCUGUAGCUUUAGUCUCCAUUGUUUCUUCUCGUCCUUUGAUGUUUGAGACCAAAGGUAUAUGAAUAAAAGUGGAAAUCUGAGUAAUAUGUUGGAUAGCUCACUGUGAAUGAGAUGUGUUGAUUUUGCCUAAAUAAGUUGUCAUUGCACUGUUUUGACACUGAGCGGUGAGUGUGUGAGUGCUUGAAGGUGACGAAGGCUUCGCAAGCCAAUUGAGUUUUUCUGUUUCUUAAGCUUUGAUUUAAGCCUGGUACUACGUUUUAGUUUUGUAUCUGUAGUCACUUUCUUUUUAUAUAAAACUGUAUUUUCUGCAUUUUAUAAGAAGACUCAACCAAAAUAAAGAGUAUCAAAGAAUGUUCCAAAUAAAUAAAAAAAGUUAUUAAAGCCAAA